GAGCUGGUAGAGCCGGAGAGCCCAUCACACAAAACAGAGCGGACAGGUCCAUUGGAAAAGCAGGAAUGGACUAAAAUGAUGGACCAGGACGGACGUAUUAUAAAUGAAAGUGGACUUAGAAAAGCUGUUUUCAAGGGUACAAGUACUAUUGCAACCUUUCAUGGUUUGAACUGAUUAUUUUAGAACCAACAAUUGACAGUUGGGUCUGUUGAGCUGGCAGGCUUCUCUCCACAAACAUGCUUAUUAUUAUAACAGGCAUUUUUUUGUUGGUAUUUCUUAAACUGCAUAAAUUAGUCACGCAACAGGUUGCAGUAACCAGCUUGCUUUUUUUGUCUGGAUCUCUUGUGUGGCCUGUCAAAUGAAAACAGUAAUUAUGAGCCAAUGUUUCCUAGUAGCUGCUUUGGGUUGUAAAGCCCUGUGCAAACAGUGACAACAGCUGGUGAAAAGCUGUUGGGAUGUUGAGCACAGUUUGGACACCAUACUAAGAGGUGCCAUGAGGCAGUUCACCAUCAUUUUCUUAGCCAUUAGGUCAGCCAAACAAAGAAGGGCCAGCAGUGCUUUUGCUGGUUUGGAAGCUGUUUGCAUCAAAGCACGAGUUGACUACAACCAUGCACAGAUAUUCAUUUUUGAGGUGGGGUCAGUAGCCAAUUACGCAAGGAGGUGUGGAGAUUCUUAUAUGGCCUGUAUCCAUUCUCCUCUACACAAAGGGAGAGACAAGUAAUAUUAGCAGAAAAUUACACCAAGUAUAAUGCUCAGAAGAAUAGAUGGAAACAAGAGAUUGAUGCUUAUCAGAACAUAAUGGGGGAGCCAGGUGGUAUGGCAGUGAAUCCAAAACCUCUGUAUAUUAGAGAGUGUGAAGAAUUAUGCAAACUAAAGCAUGACCCAGAGGAGAAAGAGAGUCAAAGAGCAGAUGCAUUCGGGAGCAUCCAUGAUAAUCAGCGGGUAUUCCUAGAUUUGACGGCAAAGGUUAAUGCAAGCAGGCAGGUUAUUGAUAUUGAGAAACUAAACAAGUCUAUAAGAAGUAUUGAUAAAGAUGUACCACGAACAGAUAGAGCCCAUCCAUUUUUCAAGGGUCAAGGAAAUCCAAAUCUGAUCGUUUUGCGAGACAUUCUCAUCACAUAUGCAGCAUAUCAUCAAGAUGUUGGAUAUGCUCAGGGUAUGAAUGACAUCCUUAGUCGGUUUCUUGUCGUGCUGGUGGCUGAAGAUGAAGCUUAUUCCUGCUUUGCUAACUACAUGGAGCAUGUCAAAGGGGAUUUUCUCGAUUCCACCAUGAUGAACAAGAUAGAACUUGUUGGUAAAUUGUUAAAGCAGAUGGAUAGGCAGCUGGAACAGCAUUUUACCUCAAAUGACAUGGGAGAUCUUCUCUUUGUACAUAGGUGGCUUGUUCUUGGCUUUAAGCGAGAAUUCUGUUUUGAAGAGGCGCUCAAGUUAUUCGAGAUCCUAAGUAGCCAGCACCUCGAGUUGUCAUCCAUUGAAGCAGACCGAGAGCGAUACAAGCAGAGAUCCAGAAACCGCGAAAAAGAUGGAGGACAAUUCCACACCGAGCUGUUAGACCUUGACUCGGCGUUCUCCUUUGAUCUGUUUGUGUGUCUGGCGGUACUGCGAGAACACCGGUACCUUUUUCUCAAGUGCAAGGAGGUCUCUGGCAUAUACAACACCAUGAACAGUAUCUCUAUGAAGAUGGACUUGAACACUAUUUUAGUGAAAGCGGAAGAUCUAUUCUUUCACUACUGUCGCAAGUCUGUCAUGGAUUGCUUUGAGGUGGUCGAUUCCCUGGAGGCAACCGUGUCACGCAAGAAUCGGGCUUUGUGAACAUGUCCACAGAAAAGGGGAUCACACCACACUAUCUCCGUGUCAAACAGACGGAACCUGCAAGCGAGCGACGUUUUUACUAGCCUGCGUGGCAUUAGCAGCUAGGAAAAGAGAAGAUUUCGCGUGCUCAUGGGUAGAAGGAAAAACGAAAGCGCUCCUUUCCCGCUGUCUACGCUUUUAAGGACUGCUAUUUUUUAUUUUUACAUUUAUAUCAUAAUAUAUUAUAAAAUCCAAAUCUAAAGCCCUUGCCUAUAUUUAGAUUGUCUAUAACCAUUUUCUUCACGCUAUAUAUUUAUGGUUUCUACUACGUUUUAAAUUUGAAAUACUUUUUACACCGAAAAAAAUGUUAGAUUUUUAAAAAAAGAGCAGGGAGGCUGGUCUGUUCACAGAAUCACCAGUGGAAAAUGCUUUCUAUAUUUAGAGUAGAAAGAAAACGCAGGUGAGGCGAAAAUAGUGGCAAAACGAAGAAAGGGGGAAGAAAGGAGAGGAGAUAAAAGGCUCAGUGGCUAAUAGAUGUUAAGCCCCAACGACAGACAGCAUUGCACUCUCGGGUCACCACAAGACAAAGGAAAUGUUGGCACCUCCCAGUAUGGUUUACAAACAGCCGGCAUAGCUGGGCUUGCGAUACUGCGUCACCUUUUUAACAUAAUAAUUUGGGCGCGGUUUUCACGGGGCUUUAGUGCACCAAUGAUUGGAUGAGCUUUUGACAAAUAAAGAGACUUGCAUGGGGAACGUC